AUGGCAGCAGACGAGUUUGUGUUGCAAUUGAUCCAGAAGUCGCUCGACGAGUUGGGCUAUGGCCGCGUGGCAGACGAGCUAGGCCGUGCCAUCGUCGAAUCUCGGCUCAGCUCCUCUGCACCGUCAGACUCAAUAGCCAUGAUUGAGUGGUUCAACGGAGAACUCCGCGCAGGUAGCUACUUGACUAUCGAGUCAUAUCUCGUUGCCGUUUUGCUGAACUUCGACAACAAGAACACCAACGUCAAAACCUCUAAUACUACUGGAGCCAAUUAUCAAACAGUUGUUCUUAUAGUGCUUUACUUGGUGAGAAGAACCUCUUUCUUCGAGCUGUUGAUAUCUUCUCUCUCGGCUCCAAGCACUUCUCCAGCUACGCCUAUUGAUCAGAACUUGAUGUUGGCAUACUUGAGGGAGAAACUUAUGCCUUCCAUCGAUGAAGAAUACUAUUCGACAGACGAAUUCCCUGAUAUAAGUUCAGAUUCCAGUGGAUUCGCCCCAAUAUUUGGCUCUGAACUUCUUUCACAGUUGACUCGAGAAUCAGAAUCAACGUUAUUGUUGCUUUUUGUCCACCGCAUUCUCCACUCCAAGUACUUCUUUGGUUAUCCUGUCAAUGUGAGUGUUAGAGCCACCAAUCCCUUGCUGGAAUUACGUAGUGUAUUGGUAGAAACGUUCUUGGGAAAGAUAUUUCGCUUGAACGAUCGCUUGCGUAGCUUUGACGAGGUAUAUAAUAUCCCCAGCAAUUACUUACAGACGUUGAUCGAUCAGGCCCUCGCGUACCAGAAGCUGCAAAAUCCGUUCUACUUACCACCACGUACGAAAGUCGAGUCUAACAAGCGUUUGAAUCAGAAGAGCGAACCGUUUCUCUUGGGAAAACCUCUUCGGGAAAUGGACCAUUUCUUCAAGGUAAACUACUUCCCCAGCACGUUGAUCCACAGCUUGAUGUUUCAUUCGCACGAGGUGUGGUUCACACGGUUUUCACCUCUGGGGCGGUUCUUAGCUACUGGUUCUCUUGACGGAAGACUUAUCAUUUACGAUGUCCACAACAACUUUGAGAUGUUGAAGCUGUUGGAAUCUUCGCCUGCAAUCGAUGGUCAGGUUUUCGUUCCAUUUUCCACCAAACCAUCUGGAGGGAAAACAAGAGCUGUUAUCUACUGUUGCUGGGACCCAGACGAACAGUACAUUGUAAGUUGUAGUAUGGACACUGUAGUGAGAAUAUGGUCUGUAUCACAGUUGCACCAUUCAUCCAAGAAGCGAAUUACGCGUUCAAUGGAUGAAUCUGGCAUUGCUGCAACUGAAGACGAAUUCAAGUUGCUCAGUUGCUUCACUUUAGGUCCAGACAUCAAGACCUGGACGUGUGAGUUCUUACCCAAGUCCGGUUUGAAUGCCAACAGCACCAGACCGCAGUUCAUCAUCGGGCUGCCGGAUAAGGUGUUGAAGGCGUUUGAUGUCGAUGGAGUAGAACUAUUCGACUUCUAUGGCAAUAUCGAAGACGACGACGACAAUGAGCUUCUUGAUGAACUUGACGGCGAAGAGGCUGAACUCUCCAAGUUGAGAACCGACGAAACCAAAUCAGGUGACGUUCUUAUGAUGGAAGAAGACGACAAUGUAGUGUUUGGCGAUGAGGAGCAGGGCUCUUCAGCUGGCAUCAAGUCCAAGUCCAAACAAGAUGAAAAGUCGUCGAUGAAGAAAAAGCUCGAAAAUAACUUCAACAGAAUCAACGACUUGUCGAUCUCUCCAGAUGGAAAGGUAUUGAUCACAGCCAACAACGAUCGCCAGAUCCACUUCUACAAGAUUCCAGACUUAUUGAAUCAGGAAGCAACUACUAAAAGACUUGCCUCUAUCACUGUCAGAGGUCGUUUGACAUCGUGUUCCGUUUCCAACAAUGGAAAAUACUUCCUCUUGAGCUCGGCUCCAGAAGAGCUACAGGUAUGGGAUAUUUCUGGUUUAUCACAGGGUGAUGGCAAGAAUAUACAGAAACCCAUUCUCUACCGUAGGUUCAUCGGUCAUUCUCAGAGUUCCUAUAUCGUUCGGUCAGCAUUUGGAUAUCUUGUAGAAGAUACAGAUCAAGAGGAGUUGGUGAUGUCUGGCUCCGACGAUGGCUAUAUCUAUUUCUGGAAGCUCCAUACCGGCCAACUAAUCACUCGAAUCAAGGGACACAACGGUUUGUGUAAUUCUGUAGACUGGAACCGUAAUGGAGGCAGAGCCAAACAUGGAUCCAAGGAUUACGGUAAAUUGUGGUGCUCCGUGGGGGAUGAUCGGUAUGUGAAGAUAUGGGGUCCGUCCGACUGGAGCUAGUACAAGAGGCUAAUUAUAAAAAAAGUCUGUUGCGAUAACUCCAAGAGCAUGGCCACAAAUACUUCUCGACUACUACUAAAAUAGCCCUAGGUAGUAUUUGUUCUACUCUAUCGUAACAUGACAUGACAUAUACACUAGCUAACG